AUGGAGCAGGUGUCCGGGCUGCUCUCCUGGACGCUGAGCAGAGUCCUGUGGCUCUCCGGCCUCUUUGAGCGGGGAGCUGCCCGGCAGCCCCGGAUCAUGGAAGAAAAAGCGCUAGAGGUUUAUGAUUUGAUUUGAACUAUCCGGGACCCAGAGAAGCCCAAUACUUUAGAAGAACUGGAAGUGGUAACAGAAAGUAGUGUGGAGGUUCAGGAGAUAAACGAAGAAGACUAUUUGGUUAUUAUCAGGUUCACACCAACAGUACCUCACUGCUCUUUGGCAACCCUUAUUGGGCUGUGCUUAAGAGUAAAACUUCAGCGGUGUUUACCGUUUAAACAUAAGUUGGAAAUCUACAUUUCUGAAGGAACCCACUCAACAGAGGAAGACAUCAACAAGCAGAUAAAUGACAAAGAGCGAGUGGCAGCUGCGAUGGAAAACCCCAACUUAGGGGAAAUUGUGGAACAGUGUGUCCUUGAGCCUGACCAAUAGCUGUUUUAAGAGCCACUUAACUUUGUUUGAUAUUUUUGUUUAAAUUCUUUGUAAAAAUGUAAAAGACAUGUUUAAUACAUAGGUGAUUUGUACCUCAAGGCGUUUUUUUUAACAGAUGAUUUGCAAGCAAGAUUUAAUUAUAAGUAGUACCUAGUUUGUUCAGUGUAUAACAUUCUCAGGAUUUGUAACACUUAAGUGAUUGGACAGAAAAAUAUUUUCUAGUGAUUAU